CGAGUAACGGAUCGAUCGUUGCAGUUUAAUUUAUUCAUUGGCUGAUAGUGAAAUUGGCUAAUGUGAGAUUGGGAGUGUUGUUGUUUUUUUUAACAUAACAUAAAAUCUACAUAAUUUAUAUCAUAGGCUGAUUUAAAAUUCAGUAGGAUUAAAUUAGUAUUAUUAAUUUGUUUAGCAAAGCAGCAGACGUAGUCAAAAUAAGCCGUUUUUUUGCUGCUGUUCCCUCGCUGCUCCGUUUGAAGGAGGACAAACGGGCAGAAGCUGAUUUCCCUCCAUUUGAGGAAGAGUAGCAUCAUUUAGCUAUACUUUCGUUUAGGGUUUUUACUUAACGAAUUAUGUCAAGAUAAAGAAUUUUCUCUCUCAAAUAAAAUAAAUAAAUAAAUAAGCUUCUGCUGAAAACAAACAUAAUUCUCCUUUGCGAAUGUGUCCUGCUGUUUUUUUUAAAUAUUUGACAGUCAACACAUGGCAUUUCAUUCGGUCUCAUGUCUGAAACUGUAUUAUUUACUCGGAUGAAGCUCGAUGGGGCUCGUGAAAACUUGGAGCGUGGAGUCUCUUCUCUCUCCCCCUCGUCCUCCUCCUCCUCCUCCCCUUGUGAUUGGCUGCCGCCUGUUGCCCGUUGGUUAAAACGCGCAGCAGAGAGGAGGGCCGAGAGAUAAAGGAGCAUCACGGCGCUGAUUGCAUCAGGGACUUUGGCGCUUUUUGUGUGCGAGAGAAAGAGAGAGAGUGGAAAACAAUAAGUGGAAUCUCACCGACAUGACGGGCAAAGAGGGAUUUGUACUCUCAGACACCGAGAAUAAACAGAAAUCUGCCUCACAAAACUGCGUGAACCACGGGGGGCCCCACCAGCCGCCCCCAGUCUGGAAGAUGGCCCCCGCGGUGCACCGGCGCACCGGCUUUGGGAUCCAGGAGCUGCUCGGCCUCAACAAGGAGCCGCCCGCGGUCACGCAGAGGCGGCCGCUGGAGGUUCUGCCGCACAGCGCGCACGUCCUGGCCGCGAGGUCCCUCGGACACGGGGGUCUCGGGGGUCUCGGGGUCGGCAUGGGUUUGCUGGGACCAGAGGGAAUACACUCGUUUUACAGCCAACCUGCUUUCCUGGAGGUGCUCGCGGAGGCGCAAAAUGUGCACCUGCAGCCGCUGCACAGAGCGGCGCACAUGGACUCUCAGAUGGAUGCGCAGCACUCCGCCAGCUCCGAUUCUGAUGACAUGAGUCUUUCCUCCGGUGAUCAGAAGUUCUCCAAAUCCUCAGUGAGUCAGAGCAAGAAACGAAAGAAAAGACGACACAGAACCAUUUUCACUUCCUAUCAGCUGGAGGAACUGGAGAAAGCUUUUAAUGAAGCGCACUACCCAGACGUGUACGCCCGAGAAAUGCUCUCCAUGAAGACUGAGCUGCCGGAGGACAGAAUACAGGUGUGGUUUCAGAACCGCAGGGCCAAGUGGAGGAAGCGGGAGAAGUGCUGGGGCCGCAGCAGCGUGAUGGCCGAGUACGGCCUGUACGGAGCGAUGGUCCGUCACUCCAUCCCGCUGCCGGAGUCCAUCCUCAAGUCCGCCAAGGAGGGCGUCACUGACUCCUACGCUCCGUGGUUAUUAGGGAUGCACAAGAAGUCCGUUGAAACCACACACUCCUCCCCCGGAAACCCCUGCGGCCGGACGGCGCCAACGCCGCCGCCGCCACUAACGCAAGAGAAACCAGAGGACAACGUGACGGAGAAGGAGAUGGAGAGACGCACGAAAGACGCCGCCAGCGCGCCCAUCUCCAAGGAGGAGUUGAGGGAGAACAGUAUUGCCGCGCUGCGAGCGAAAGCACAGGAGCACAGCGCCAAGGUGCUCGGGACGGUGUGCGACAGAGCGCACGGCCACGUGACUCACAAAGAGGAGGCCGAGGAGCGAGAAACGCCAGAGGUGUUGAAGUGUGACUGAAUGGGGGGGGGAAGAAGCUGCAGGACACAGAGUGAUGGGGGGG